AUGUCCCACGUUGAACGACAACCGUUGUUAGCCGAGCCAGAAAGAGGUAUCAGCCAACAAGGCCAAGCACCUUCGAUUCGCAAUAAUACGAGUGGGAACUCUAAAGGUGCCCGAGUGGGCGCCCAGAGAACAUCGAGAACUGCUCAGAAGCUGAAGCUUUUACCCGAAGAGCCUUUCAACAGCCAAGAGGAUGAGUAUUUGGACGCUACUGAUCGAGACGUCUAUUCUCAAGUCAAUAGGAUCACAGAUACACCGGCUCGACGAGAUGCAGAAAAACUUGGUAAGGGUCAACGACAUUUACUUCCAAGAGUAAGCGGAUAUUGUACAGCAAGUUCUUACAACAUGAGGGAGAUCAUACGAUGGCUCAAGGACUGCAAAAAACUGCACCACACGCAUCCAAAGCUUUUUGAUGAGUGCUUAUUCACGCCUUUUAUAUACACAGAUUGGAGGGGUGACAAGAGGUUUGCGAAUGAAGAUGUCAUUCGCCUAGACGACCAGGGUGGAGAAAUCAACGUAAGCGACAAACAGCCGGAUCUGUUUAUUUUCGAGUAUGGCGUUAUAGUGAUGUGGGGAUUCACGGAGCGAGAAGAGAAAGCUUUUUUGAACGACAUCGAAAAGUUCGAAAAGGAAAAACUAGCAGAGGAAGAUGUGCAAAUCGAGGAAUUUAACUACUACAUUACCCAGAGUUAUCAGCCGCGAAUCUACAAUGAUUUUAUUACGCUCCGAGACGGUUCCAACUACAUGAUAAAGUUAUCUAUUUCUCACGCAAUUGCUCAGAGCGUGAAAAUAUCGCUAUUUGAGGAAUUGGUCGAUAAUACAAUCGAGGAUACCCAAGACAUACCGCAGCAAAUCGCAUCGAGCGGAAAGGUGUCCAUGAGCAAAGAAGACAUCAUGAAAAGUAUUGGAGAGCUAUUCAUUCUUCGCAUCAAUAUCAACCUGCAUGGAUCUGUUCUCGACUCCCCUGAAAUUAUGUGGUCAGAGCCUCAGCUGGAACCUAUCUACCACGCUACAAGGGGAUACCUAGAAAUUAAUCAGAGAGUUGCGCUGCUGAACCAAAGGCUGGAAGUGAUAUCAGAUUUACUGCAGAUGUUGAAAGAACAGCUUGGACAUUCCCACGAAGAAUAUUUGGAAUUCAUUAUCAUUGUAUUGGUCGGCGUUGAGGUCUUAGUGUCCCUCAUAAAUAUUGUGGUGGAUCUGUUCUCAGAAGCCAAAUAA